AUGCCGCCUACGUCCUCGCAGAAGGCGAUGACGACGCAGUUCGUCCAGUUGACUGGCGCCAGUGACAGGACCGCGCAACGGUACCUGAAAAAUGCUUCCUACAAGAUCAACGAUGCCAUCGACGCGUACUUCUCGGGGAACAGUGGUAGCAACACCCCCACAACUUCGGCGCUCGACAGCUCGUUGGAUCAAAUGUUCGACAAGCUUCGCGAUGACUCGAAGGAUGAGAAGAACGCUCUUGGUGUUGAGUCAACAAUGGCCUACCUCGAGGACAUGAAAGUCAAUAUUGAGAAUGCCGAGAUGCUCGUAGUGGCAGAACUCCUCCAGUCGCCGUCCAUUGGCGCGAUCACAAGAAAAGGCUAUGUUGAUGGCUGGAAAGCGACUGGAUCUGCGUCGCGACAAGCCCACGCUGCACACAUCAAAUCUUUGGUUGGCCAACUCGCGACCGACCCCGCCUACUUCAGAAAGGUGUAUCGCUACACCUUUGUCGCUAGCAAGGAGGAGAACCAGAAAGCCGUGGCUCUCGAUGUGGCAAAGGUCUACUGGAGUGUCCUGUUCUCGCCCCCCGGCUGGGAAUGGAAGACCAAGUCCCAGGAUUGGCUGCAGCUGUGGACGUCAUUCCUCGAUGAGAAGUGGACGCGUUCUGUCAACCGCGACAUGUGGAACAUGACCCUCGAGUUCGCCACGAAGACCAUGUCAGACGAGACGUUGUCCUUCUGGAACGAGGACGGCGCUUGGCCCAGUGUCAUCGACGACUUCGUGGCUUGGUGCAAAGAGAAGGGAGUCGGUAAGGCCGAGUCGAUGGACCUUGACGCCUAG